CCCCCGACAAGAUCUAAUUGAUGGUGGAGUCAAAGAAUACCGACCUGCCAUAUAAAAAUGCGUUGAAGUCCCUUCGAUUUCGUACGAGGAACAGGAAUUGUACCUAUUAUAAGUAGUUAAUUAAAUCGAAGGCAUUUCUCCAACGAAUUACGUUAAAAAAAUGGAUUGCACUGUUAACUUGCAUCUUUCCAUCUAUAUUGCCUACUUUACUAAUUUUUGUGAUCGUCCACGCGAAUAUUUCGAUAUGCGGAAAUAAAAUAAUUAAUAAAUCCAUUGCACUCGCGCGAAUGGCUAAAUCGUAUUUUGCAUAACGUAUGGCAGGUAUUUUUGGUAGAAAAAGUGACACUAAGAAACGAAAUUUUUAAGUGAACCCAUUCCCAUGAAUUUAUCUACUUAAUUUAGAUAACUUUAUCUGACAUAAUUUCAUCUCGCCGCAUUUCUUUUUGUAUGUGAUGGAGAAUUUAAAUUUCGUCGUAGGUGGGCGCGGUGAACAUUGCACAUACGAUUUCACUUUUCGAUUGUCGAACGUCGAUUGUAUGAAAUUACCGCGAAGUCUGCGCAAGAUCCUCGAACUUGAAAUAAGGGCGAAAGAUCGGUUUUCGGUGGAGAUGCUAAUUACGUAAUUGGGGUAUUAAUUUCGGAGAUUUCGAUUGGGGCGCACCUUUAAGCCGGUCGAAAACAGUUGACAUCAUCGCCAUGUAGAAACGCAAGGUUGUUCAAACAGCGGCCGCUCGGUAGCUUUUUCAGUUACAAACAAUGAAACUCGACACUACUCGAAGUAAUCUCGUCAUUGAUUGUAGCCUCGUUUCGCCGCCUUUCAUCUACGCUCAUGUCUAGUAUUGAACGAUACCGCGAAACGUAAAAACCGGUGGAAUGAUGAAGCGCGAUCGCAACGAGCAUUUUAAUUAUGAGUGACGCGAACAAAGGUCAGGGGGAGAAUUCGAAACGUCCCCCUGAGAGCCCUUCUGGAAGUGCCAAACGUUUAAAGGAUCGGGUCAGCUUUUUCGAAAAAGUGUGGACCGGCACCAGUGCCAGCGGCUCGCUCGAAGAUCAGGACACGCUGAAUGUGGGUGAACUCGAACGGUUAAUCGAGGAAGGGCGAAAAAACGUCCCUUCGGCACAAUUAGAGCAGGUAACCCUCAGGCAUACACCGCAAAGUUCGCCGCGCCAAGCGACCGAACUACGUCAGCAUUUCUUCCCCGAUGGCUCCUUCGAGGAAAGCGUGUUUAAGACUGAGGAAGAAGGCGAUCUGGCCUCCAGUUUCAAAAGUGUCAAAUUCGAAAAGGUGACCGUGCGAAAAACCGUGCAACAAGUCAGAACUAUUCGAACGACUAGCAGAACGCCGUCCGAAUCGGAAGGAAGGAAUUUCGAAGAUUCCGCUUACCAAACUCAAAAUGGAACGUCGCAUUCCAAAUCGUCCAGCGUUACUUCUUUGUCUGGGCGUUUUCCUUCGGAGGAGAGCCUUAGGAGAACGCCAUCCAAAGAGGCGUUGAAAGACGAUUGGGAUUCCGGAAGCAACAGCAGCAAGCACACAACCUCGUCGGCAGAAUGGUACAACGAGUACAGAAAUCAGAGCUUCCAAAGUGGCUCGUCAAAGUUGGAGUAUGUCAGAAGCCGGUCACAGUAUGACAACCAUAUUGCGGUUAUCAGAGAUGAACAGGAAAGAGUUCAAAAGAAGACCUUUGUCAAUUGGAUUAAUUCUUAUUUAGCCAAGGUAAGUUAACUUUGCAUUUGUCAUGCGCCUAUAUACACAAUGUAAUAUACACAGUGGAACAAUUAAGUAUAUAAUAUGUUUUCAUUUCGAAAUUUUUGUAAAGAAGAACAAACAUUCGUUUUAAUUGUACAUAUGAUGUUAGCAAAUUCUUGUAUGAAGGUAGAGUACAAACUGAUUGGCAUGUUUUGUUAGUGAAAAAAUCCCAUUUAGUUAUUUUACAAUUCGUUAAUGAACAACUUCCAUCAAACUGACGCCUUAAUGAUUAUGGCACAUGCUUCCGCAACAGCUCGUUUCCUGGAUGAAAGAAAAUGGUCUUUUGCGGAGAACUCUUCCGGUAAUAAAUAAAUCAACGUUGCUCAUUAUGAUCCAAUAGGAGGUAAUAAACUUUAAAAUCUUUAAAACGAAGUUUAUCUAUCGUCAGUAGGUACAUGCAAGUGACGUUUUUGAAUUCCCUAACACGUACUUUAUCUAAUUGCGACUGUAAUCACCGCAUUAUCAAGCAGUCGUACAUAAAGUUGUUUUGAAGUCAGAGUUAUAGAAGACCUUCAAUUUUUAUAAGAAUCCAGCCCACUUUGAUUUUUUCAUGAGCAUCCAAUGCUUUUGAACGCAUGUUUGUAACAAAGAUCAAAGCACGUUGAUUUGUAUAAAAAUUGAAUUUCUAAACCACUUUUUUUAAUACCUAUACAUUUUUGUUAUAUCAGUUAAAAUAUAGACACCUUACUCGUCACUAAUUUUUACAAUUCGCAAAAAAACACCCUGUAUUUUAAUUGAUUGGGCUCAUUUUUUCAAUAUCUUAGUUUGAGACUAAGCGGGGAGGAUCCUCAGAAGAUCCAACUCUAAAAGAAUGUGUCAUAUGCACAUCAUGUCACAUGUGCACUCAAUCCAUGGACACACUGUAUGCAAAUAAAAAUGAAUGUUUAUAUGAUAAAAAUAAACUCUCCAUAUUAGUAACGCUUGACUUUUCCAAGGCCUUUGACACAAUUAGUCAUGAAAUUUUAAUAAGUUUAUUACAUUAUGUUGGCCUAGGCUCGCAUGCAAGUACAUUGAUGGGAAGAUAUCUUAAAGAUCGUAAGCAACUGGUACUAGUAAAUAAUACUAAAUCUGAUGCACUACCGAUUUGCUGUGGGGUCCCACAAGGCUCUAUUCUAGGUCCUCUAUUAUUCACAUUAUACACGUCCAAUUUUUACAAAUGUCUACAACACGCCAAGUUUCAUCAAUAUGCAGAUGACACGCAACUUCAUUAUGACUUUCCCCACGACAACAUCGCUCAGGCUAUUGAGCACAUGAAU